CAUUUCCAGUUAAAGACUGCCCUUCUCCUCCGAGGAAAUGGACGGUAGCGAUACUUCACCCAUCUCACAUUUUUUUUAAAGUUUUUAAAUAUAGGCUAUAUUUUAGCUCUAUUGGGGAUGAUAGAACGCUUCUGGCAGAGUAAGAAAAGACAAUGCCAUGAGUAGAGUGUGUUUGGUGAAGUGAGAAGUAGUGCUUUAGCGCCCCCUAUAGCGGCCAUGAGGAAAUGUCAGCUGAUCGCUUAUGUAAUGCUGGCUCUAAUCAGCCAGUCAUAUACAAUAUCAAAUUUUGCCAUUAGUGGAGGUCAGACUGUGAAAGGAACUUGUCCUGAUAAUGAAUACUGGAAUAAUAAGGGAUUCUGCUGUGAUAAAUGUCAUCCAGGGUUUAAAUUGAAAGAGAAAUGCCCUGAACCAAAUAAGAGGUCCGAAUGUGUAAAAUGUGAGAAUGGAACCUACCUAGAUAACUCAAACCACAAUGAAAACUGCUUCAGUUGCAGGAAGUGCAACAAAGACCAUUCCAUAGAGAUAUCACCAUGUACAUUCAAAAGCAAUAGGGUGUGUGGGUGUGAGCCUGAAUACUACUAUAAGAAAUUAGGCGACUUGGCAUGGGAAUGUUCUAGCUGUAAGAAGUGUGGAUCUGGGCAGCUGAUAGCUGUGAAAUGUGCUGGGGAACAGAAUACAAAGUGUCAAUGCAAAGAAAACCAUUAUGCUGUCAAGGGCAAAAACCUCUGUGAGCUGUGUGUUAAAUGUCAGGAUGAGUGUCCACACUUGUGCAAAUCCAGCACACCUCCUAACCCUUUAAGGUCUGCCAACCCAACUAGUGCUUCAGGCUCAAUACCUCAAAUACUUGUCCCUGUGGGUGCAUGCAUCAUGGUUCUAGCACUGGGAGUGUUCAUGUUAUACGAGGGCAUCAGACUUUGGAAGAAAAAGAGGCAUGCUUUGUCAUCGCAAAAAUCAUCACCUGCUUCCGAAGAUCAGACAUUGAUUAUCACAGUGGCACCAGACACAGAACACGAUGAGAGCGUUCCUUUCACAAACCAGCCGUGCGGAACAGAACAAAAUGGAAAACUCCCAGACUGCGUCCCAAGAGAGAUCAAAUUUCACGAGUUCUUCUAUUUUGUGCUGGACGAGGUGCCUUUUGGAAGAUUUAAAGAGCUUGUACGUCGACUUGGUGUUUCUGAGCAGAGCAUUGACAGGGCGGAACAAGACCACAGGAACAGCAAAGAUGCCCACUACCAGAUGCUGAAGGUUUGGAGUGACAGUGGCAGUGGAGGAGGGAACAAUGUUUUGCCAUGUCACCGCAUCCAGAUGUUCGUAGACACUCUGAAGGACAUGUAUUUGGUUAACUGUGCAGACAACAUCGAGAGCAGGUUCCUUUCAUGGGACCCAAGCACUUCACACUGAGGCCAUUAGAAGAGAAAGAAGAAAAGGGCAUUAAAUAGAGAACUUAACCUCCACCGAUUUCCAUUGGAUUCCUUUGAGAGUGGAAGUGCGUCUACAGCUGUUUUUUGGCCAUGUCAUAUUUCCAGUGGUCUGAAGAUUUCACACUAAAUUUUUUAUGAAUAUUCUUAUGUUCUGUGUUUGUAUGCAAGCUUUUUUUUUAGUGCUGUCAAGGUAAAUGUAUCUGAAUGAGGGUGGUGGGGUGGUUGGGGUUUGGGUUGUAAUAUUUCAGAUAUGUAUUGGAGAUAACAUAAUCAUGCAUAUUCUCUCCAAGUUCUCCUUAUCAUAGCACAGAUCUCACAAUGACAUGUCCAGAUCACACACCCACACACACACACACACACACACACACACACACACAUAUACACUGUUAAACAUUGUAAGAAAGGUUUUCUGUUAGUUUUUUAAGUUUUUUUUUUUUUUUUGGGAAGAAUUUUGAAAGAAGAUUAUGUUCACUAAGACUGCAUUUAUUUGAUCAAAAAUAGUAAAAAAAAAUCCUGUGGUUUUUAGCAGACUUUACUCCAGUCUUCAGUGUUAAACUUAAAAAAACAUGAGAUUCUUAUUCCUUUCAUUUCAAUUUCUUACAUUUUCUUUUUUGGCGGUGACCUGGGCAUGUUCUUGAUAGGUUUUGUGAGAGGCCUUAUUGACCCAAUAAUGCCUCCAACUGUAUAUAUGAAUUUAAUGCUGAUAGCAGUUGUAUUUGCAUGUACAAAACAAAAACAGUUUAUAAUUGUAUUUGUAUUUGAGGGGUAUUUUAUACAAUUUGAGAGGUGAUUUAUAUUAUUGCAUUAUUCCACGGGCUAAUAUGGGGCUUCAGCUGGAAACUAGCAUUAAAAUUCAAUGCAAAUGCAAAUUAUAAAGCUAAUUCGACCUCA